CGCCUCCUCGUUAACUCACUCGAUCCGUAAAUGCCUUACUUCCAUCCCACAAUCUCAUUAAUAAUAAUAAAUCGGAAAGGAAAAAGAACAUCGGCAAGGAACUAAUAUAAUCUACGUACAGCAGUCCCUAUCUGUAGAGGACAUCUCUCUUCUAGGCUCAUGUGCGUACCGUUUCUACUCUAUCUCCCACAAUUCCGCGUCCUUGCAUCGCGUCGGACGAGAAAGUAACCCAUGUCGACCACGGACAUUUUAUUUGAAAGCUUUGCUAAGCUUAUAUAUCGUUUUGGAAAUCCACCGAACUCUCAAGUGACGAACGGCCCUUAUUCACCUGACAAAAUAUUUACUUCAUGGCUCAACCACCUACGUAAACCCUUCCCCAUUCAUACUGGGAAACAUUUAUUCCGUUUGCUGUUUCCGCAUAUAGGAUCCAGAAGGAGAUAUGGGUUGAAGGAACAAAAGCUUGCUCUGGAGCUUUCCAAAAUUUUGGGCGCCAAAACGUUGAAUCAAUGGGACAGUAUUCGCUGGGAUGAUACAGGUGAUGCAGGUACAGGCUGUUUAGGUCGUGAUAUAGAAGCACUAGUAAAAAAUCGAUCGAUAUCCGACGACGAUAACAGAUCUCUUUUGACCAUACGUGAGCUGGACAACUUGCUUGAUGAGCUAGCCUCUUCUUCAUCAUUCUCCCAAUUGUCUCAACUUCCUGAUGCUCCCCGGCCAAUUGGAAAAAUCCUUACCAUUCUGUAUCUUGAUUGGAAACUUUCACCCUACGCUCUUUCUGUUCUCACGCAGAUUAUUUUGCGCGAUCUGCGGCCCCUUCAGGAUCCGAUCCCAUGUCUACCUAUUCGGAAUCCUACCUCUUUAUUACGAAUUAACGCAAAAAAUUCUCCUCGCCAAUUGAGCUUAAGAGACGCUAUGAUAUGCUGGGAUAGACGUAUGUGGGAUCUCUAUAAUGGUGGAUAUGGCAAUGUGGACAUUUGCGCGGAUAUUCUGGAACGGAACCCACUAUUGGACCCCUCUAAGAGCCAUGGGCCUCUCAUAGGGGUCAAUGUCGCAAUCCCAAAAUGCAAGAAAGGCAGGUCAAUACGAGACACCAUGAAAGAAUUCACCGGAACAAGGUAUGCAGAACCUUCCAAAGCUAUCUGGGCAGAGACUAAGUAUGAUGGCUACCGUUUGCAAAUACAUAUAGACGUCCAAAACCCAUAUCCCAAGAUUACAAUUUUCAGCAAAUCCAUCAGAGAUAGCACUCAAGAUAGGCUCAAUACUCAUGCUAUCAUAUGUCACACCCUCAAUCUUCCUGUGGAUCCGAGUCUUCCUAUCCACCGGUUACUGUCGCAAAGAAUACAGUCAACUACUUUUUGUCCUCAACCUAAGAUUCAAAAAUCUGUUAUUCUAGAGGCGGAAGUUGUACCCUUCAAUGAAAACUCUAGAGAAGGAGAUCGUGGGCCAGGAAUAGAGGAAUUCUGGUGGCUGGGACACGCUGGGGUUUCGGCAGGAGCUAUGAACUGGGCAUACUCUGGUAAAAGUCUCCCGAGCAUCUCAGGCCGUCAUCUGUGCCUCGUUUUCUUUGAUAUAUUGCAUAUCAACGGUCAAGGUCUGCUCAACCACACUUACGAAGAGCGAAGAAGGCUGCUAGAGGACGUCAUCAUGGUUAUACCGGGCUUUAGUCAGCUGGCUGAAAGAACCAAGAUUUCCUUGCAACAUGGGCCGGAAUAUGCCUUGGAUGAGCUGGAAGCUAUCUUUAAGAAGAGCAACAACCUUCGUGAAGAGGGUUUAGUUCUCAAAGCUGCCGAAUCCACCUACAUUAACAUGCGGUGGCAAUGGGUAAAAUUGAAGAAAGACUACAUUCCAAACUUGGGUGAUUGUAUUGAUUUGGUCGUUUUGGGUGCAGGCUGGGACAUUGAUCGGGCACGAGAAUUACGAGUGGAUACGUCUGUAUUUACCACGUUCUAUGUUGGUGUGCUCACUAACGCAGAACGAGUCAAAUCUCGCUGCGAGACUCCGCAUUUUGAGAUUCUAUUUCGUGUUUCUUAUGGUUGUAGCAGGGAUGAAUUGGAGGUGUAUAAUGAGAACAUACGACUAGGUAGAUGGAAAAACAAACCGUUUGACAAGGACGAUGCUCUUAAGCGACGGUUAAUCGGUCUAUCAUGGACGUAUUCAUUACAAAGGGGAAUGACGCCGCCUUCCAUACUCUUCGAGAAACCUAUGUGUGUCGAAGUCAUGGGUGCUGGAUUCCAAAAACUGCCGGCUUCAGAGCUUUACGAAUUACGGUGGCCCAGGCUCCAAAAAAUCUACGACCCCCGUGAACGCCAGUGGACCGAAGCUCUUUCUGCGCUUUCUUUGAUUUCAACGGCCCAUUCUUCCCUAGGCUACAAAUGUAUUUCAGCAUCAUCCUAUGGGCAAAAUUCUCCUCGCUUUCAAGACUCGAUAGAUGCGGCUUGGAGAUCAGCAAGUCAUCUCAACGUUACCGACAUACCUGAUUUUCCAUCGCCUAGUCCAAAAUCGCAAGGGCAGAAAAGGUCCAAAUCAGAGGCCGACUUAACAGGCUGUAGGGUGAAAGAUGAACCUUUGACGCCACGGCUGUCACCCCUACGUAGGUCAUCUGGAGGUAGGGUAGAGGUUGUAAAAUGGGAGUAUACAAAAAUGGCUAGCAAACGAUUGAGAGACGUGAUGGCAAAAGGAGAGGGAAUGGUUCGCGAAUCAGAUACUGAGAUUUCGCCACUGGAGUAUCUACAAACGGCCACAGCAACAGAUGCCGUGGUUGACCGAAGCAUCCCCUCAAAGAAGAGAAGAUUGUCCGCAUCCGCUGGUCUAUCUCUGUCCACGAUGCCUUUAAAAGAGAAAGUGCAGUCGGCAAAGUUACAAGAUGUAACCGUCCUUACAAUGGCUGCUGGUCAGUCGAUCAAAGAGCCAUUGCAAAAGGUACCUGAAAUAGUUACGACAACCAUGCUGCAGAAGGCAAAGAAUCCAAAUGUUCAAAGGUGGGGAAAACCAUUGUCAUUAAAAUCAAGGAUAAAGCUGGCAAUGAGACAGGCUGGGAAAGUUUCUUGAAGAUUUUUAUCUAUCAAGCUACGAUUAUAAAACAUACCCGCAUUCACUAGAUCAUAUGUUACUGUUGCAUUUCGUCUUUGAAAUUCGCCAUGCAUGUGCUGUGAAACAUUGU